GAGAGGGGAUAGUGGAGGCGGAGGCGGAGAGUCGGAGUGUGGUCGCCAGAGAUGAAGUCGUGGGCGGUGGGAGCCGGGCUGCCGCUGCUGCCGCGGCUGCUGCUGGUUCUCGGAGCGGCCGAGUGGGCGCUCGGGGCUCAGCGCCGCUACACCCCGGACUGGCCGAGUCUGGACUCCCGGCCCCUGCCGGACUGGUUCGACCAGGCCAAGUUCGGGGUGUUCGUGCACUGGGGCGUGUUCUCGGUGCCGGCCUGGGGCAGCGAGUGGUUCUGGUGGCACUGGAAGGGCGAGGGGUCGCCGCAGUACCAGCGCUUCAUGAGCGACAACUACGCUUCAGGCCGGGGCAAGUAUGUAGUCCUGACGACAAAGCAUCAUGAAGGCUUCACAAACUGGCCGAGUUCGGUGUCUUGGAACUGGAAUGCUAAGGAUGUGGGGCCGCAUCGUGAUUUGGUUGGUGAGUUGGGAACCGCCAUCCGGAAGAGGAACAUACGCUACGGACUGUAUCACUCACUCUUCGAAUGGUUCCAUCCACUCUAUCUACUUGAUAAGAAAAAUGGCUUCAAAACACAGUAUUUUGUCUAUGGGAAAACAAUGCCAGAGCUAUACGAACUUGUGAACAGGUAUAAACCUGACUUGAUUUGGUCUGAUGGAGACUGGGAAAGUCCUGACUCUUACUGGAACUCUACAGAUUUUCUUUCUUGGCUCUACAAUGACAGCCCAGUCAAGGAUGAAGUAGUGGUAAACGACCGGUGGGGUUUUAACUGUUCCUGUCACCAUGGAGGAUACUACAACUGUGAAGAUAAAUUCCAGCCGUCAAGUUUGCCAAAUCACAAGUGGGAGAUGUGCACCUCCAUAGACAAGCGGUCAUGGGGCUACCGUCGCACCAUGUCGAUCUCUGACGUUGCAAGCGAAUGCCAUAUUCUCUCUGAACGGGUCCAGACAGUAAGUUUGGGAGGAAACUAUCUUCUCAACAUUGGGCCAACUAAAGACGGACUGAUCGUUCCCGUCUUCCAAGAAAGGCUGCUCGCUGUUGGGAAGUGGCUGAGCAUCAGUGGGGAGGCUAUCUAUGCCUCUAAACCAUGGAGGGUCCAAUUGGAAAAGAACGAAUCUGUAUGGUAUACCUCAAAAGACUCAGCUGUUUAUGCCAUUUUCCUGAACUGGCCAGAAAAUGGAGUCUUAAGCCUUAAAUCCCCCAAAACUACCUCCGCUACAAAGGUAAUGAUGCUGGGAAUCCAAAAAGAUCUGGAGUGGUCCACAAAUCCACCUGGAGGUCUCCUCAUUUAUUUGCCCCAGUUACCACCCUCUGCUCUUCCAGUUGAGUUUGCCUGGACCAUAAAGAUGAUGGGCGUGGAGUGAUCAUUGGAGUCAAGAGGAAAGCAACACUGCCUGCUGCUCAGUUUUGAUUUUCUUCUUGCAGUCCCAUCUUUGAAAUAACCUACUCUUCUCUACUCAGAGAUGGCUUUUCCUACAUACCUUAAUCAAAGGAACUGAGUGCACUGCUCUAUCAGUGGAUCAAAGAUCUGAGCCACCUUGCUGGCAUACCUCUCUCAUCAGCAGAAGAAGGGACUAAACAGUUAAAGCUAUCUGAGUCCAUUCUUCCUGAACUUUGGACAUUAUCUACAGUGGAAUCUCUCCUCCAUUCUCUGUUUGAUAACUGGCUUGCUUAAUGACUUCGGGUAAAGAGUAAGCCAGUUCACCUUGUUGCCUAUGGGAGAAGGUUUAAAGGGUUUGGCAAGCUCAACCACAUGCUAUUUAUCUAGCAUCGACUGUCACCAGCACCUCCUGAAAGAGCAGGAGAGCCUGGAGGGAAAAGAAGGGCAUGCUAGACUAAGAGCUCUUCAGAAGUUUCCAAAGCCAACUAAGGGCUCUGAAAUUCAGUCUGUACAGUGAUACUAUGAAGAAAAUGGAUGUGAUUCUGCGCUGCUUUUUAAAAUAUAAUCAAAUAAAUAAAUUUUAAUGUCAAAUGAUUUCUACCAAAAAACA